AUGUCGAGACGGGCGCCCAACCCCGCGGCCGAGCGGGCGGCUCAGAACCUGGUGACGCUCAAGAACCUGCUGAAGCUGGAGGCCAACAAGAUUUGCUCCGACUGCAAGAAGAACAAGCACCCCCGAUGGGCGAGCUGGAAUCUCGGCGUCUUCGUCUGCAUCCGCUGCUCCGGCAUCCACCGCGGAAUGGGCACGCACAUUUCGCGCGUCAAGUCGGUCGACCUCGACUCGUGGACGGACGAGCAGCUGCAGAGCGUGCUGCGCUGGGGCAACGCGCGCGCCAACAAGUACUGGGAGGCCAAGCUGGCCGCCGGCCACGCACCCUCCGAGGCCAAGAUUGAAAACUUUAUCCGAACAAAGUACGAGCUCAAGCGCUGGGUCAUGGACGGGCCGAUUCCCGACCCGGCCACGCUCGACGCCGACGCCGACGACGACGUGCCGCUGAGCCUCGUGCGGGAAAAGCAGGUCGUGGAUAAGAAGGAGACGGCGCGCAAGGGCUCGGUCGACCGGCCGUCGACCGUCGGGGACCUUAUUGGUGGUGGUGGUGGCGGCAGCGCGGAUGCUGGACCGCCUCGCGCGAAAGCGGCGCCGGCACCGCCAAAGACGACAACGACCAAGGACUCGCUGCUGGGACUCGAUUUCUUGGGCGAGAGCUCGGCGCCCCCUCGGCCGUCUAGCACGCCGGCGGCGCAAGCGCAGUCCCGGCCGGACCUGAAACAGUCCAUCCUGUCACUAUACGCUGCCGCGCCAAAGCCGCCGCCGCAGGUACAGCAGCAGCAAAACAGCCAGCAGGCCGGCGGUUGGGGCUCGCCACCCAUGGGCCACCACCACCAGCAAGCCUCCCAGGGGGGGUUCUCUGAUGCAUUCGGCGGUAUGAGCCUCUCGAACCCGACGAGCCCGAAGCCGCAGGCCGCGGACCCCUUUGCCGGCCUGGGCGGCGGUCACCGCGCCUCACAGCAUGCCUCCCAAAGCAGCACCAGCACCUUUGGCGGUUUGAGCGGCGGUAGCUUCUUCGACAACAAGCCCGCGCCGCCGCAGUCCGCUACCAAUCACGGCGGCUUCCACAGCAACAACAGCCAUUUCGCAGCCUCGUCUAGCGGUGGCUUCGGUGACUUUGCCAGCCCCGUGGCUUCCGCUCCCGCUCCCUCCAAACCCGCGCGGGCUACCACGUCGUCUUCCUCCGCCAUGGGCGAUCUCUUUGACCUGUCGGCCCCCGUGUCGCAGUCCUCGCCGCCGCCCAUUUCCCCCACCGCUUACCAGAAGCCGCAGCAGCCCGCAUCCACAAGCUCCGUCUUCAACCUCUCGGCACCGCAGAGCAAGCCCGCUUCCGCCGCCGUCGCCACCAGCAACACGGGAGGUAGCUUCAGCGGCGGCGGCCUGUCUGGCCUCGACGCCUGGGGCGGCAAUGAGUGGGCGACACCCGCGGCGGCCAGCACCCCGCCCGUACCCGCGGCACCCCACCCCGCUGCGGCGGCGGUGGUCAGCAAGCCUGCUGUCAGCAGCGACAUGGGUUGGGGUGGCAGCAUGAGCAGCAGUGCCUUUACCAACACGGCUAUUGUGCCCGGCACGGGUGGCGGCUUCAGCCCCGCACCCAAGGUGACGGCGGAUGAGGAGUUUGGUGGCUGGGCGAGCAGCACCGGCAUGGACGGCCAGACGACGACGACGACGACAACGUCGGCCGCGCCCAAGGCUGGGGGCUUUGGUGGUGACGAUGAUCUCUUUUCCAACGUUUGGCAGUAG